GCAAUAAACGGGAGCGAACGCAAAGAAAUAUUAACUUCAGUUUCAAAAAGAGAAAUAAAACAAGCCGAAAAACAUAUAGAAAUUAUUUUCGUGGUUUUAUGGGCUACAUUAAAAAAGAAAAACGCAUUCCAAAAAGAAAAAAAUAAAUGAAAUUCUUACAUACGAAAACAAAAUAACAAUGUUUAAAAAAUCCAUAACGUUUUUGUGUAUAUUAGCCAUUCCAUUGUUGGUUUCUGGGAAAUCUUUAUUUGAAUACAAUGUCAACCCGGCAUAUGAUUUAGAAGCUGAGGAAUCCAAAAGUUAUUCCAAUUUUUGGCCAUAUUUUGAAUAUGAUUCAUAUCCAGCACAUAAACGUCAAAAACAUUAUGGCCAUCAUCAUUAUUAUGAUGAUGAUUCUUCAGAUUCCGAUAGUCAUGAAUAUGAUGACUAUGAUGAUCAUUGGCAUGGUCAUGGUCAUGGACCACCGCCACAUGCAAGACAAAAAAAAGGACCACCUGGUCAUGCGAAAAAUAAGGGACAUGGAGGGGGACCUCCGGGCCAUGGGGGCUUGCCACCAGGCCAUGGAGGAGUGCCACCAGGCCAUGGAGGUGUACCACCAGGCCAUGGAGGUGUACCGCCAGGACAUGGAGGAGUGCCACCAGGCCAUAAUAAACCAAUCAUGCCACCACGAUUUCCUCCACCUCCUGUUACAGAUGAAGAUUUUAUAAAUCCCUGGGGAGGCACAAACAAUCCAGAUGUUGUUGUUAGUUCUACCACAAAGCAGCCAGCUUUGCCAUUUACAACAUUGUCAACCACUACCACUGCAGCUCCAACAUCAGCAGCCCCACCCACUAUUCCACCAUCAACGACUAAUGCUGAUGGCUUACUUUAUGACAUUGAUGUUCGAUUUGGUCAAUAGAUUUUCUUUUUUUAAUAUUUUUUUGUAAUAUUUUGAAAUUAAAGCAAAGCCGAUUCUUUUUAAAUGAUUUUAAAAAGCUUGGAAAAUAUCAAAUAUACUCAAAUAUUAUUAAACUAA